UGCUGCUUCCACUGUUUCUUGUGUCCACCGUCAUCCUCGCUCCAGCAGCAUCACUCCCUGACAACAGCAGCGAUGGCGGAGCCCGUAGCAUCGGAUGCGGCAGCAUCCCCGAGCCCGGGCCUCUCUCCCGCAGCCAGCCCGGUCUCCGAGCCUCCAUCCCUGGCUCUCUCCCCUACGGCGGACGGCUCCCAGCGGCUGCUCUUCUCCCACGACCUGGUCACCGGGCGGUACCGCGGCUCAGUCCGGUUCGGCCUCGUACGGAUGAUCCACGGCGAAGAGGAAUUUAACUCCGACUCGGACCUCGACGACGGCGGGGGGAGACGCGGCGAUGGUGGCGGCGGCGGUGGAGGAGGUGGAGGAGGAGGACGAGCCCCAGGUGGUUCGGACACUGAGAGCGCCGUGGACUCCCCGAGUCAGCCGCUCGGCAGGGGCUUCGUCCGCGUCCAGUGGUACCCCGAGGGAGGCAAGCAGGACAUCAGGGAGACAAAGCUGAAGCUUGAAGAUCGAUCCAUUGUCAUCAGAGACAUUGUACGACGGAACCAUUCCAAUGACAACCAGUGUGGUAUUGUGACCAACAUUGACAUCGAGUGUGCAGUGAAACUAGUGGGAACAAAUUGUGUUCUGUAUCCAGUUAACAGCAAAGACCUGCAACACAUCUGGUCUUUCAUGUAUGGCGACUACAUUGCCUAUGACUUCUGGCUGGGGAAAGUGUACGACCUGACUAAUCACAUCAUCCUCAAGCUCUCCAAUGGAGCCAGGUGCUCCAUGAGUGUGGAGGACGGUGCCAAGCUUUACGACGUCUGUCCACAUGUCAGUGAUUCGGGUCUGUUCUUCGAUGAGGCAUAUGGUUUCUAUCCAGGCCAGGUCCUCAUUGGUCCCGCCAAAGUCUUCUCUAAUGUACAGUGGCUGUCAGGGGUCAAACCUGUCCUCAGCAGGAAGUGCAAGUUCAGGGUGGUGGUAGAAGAGGUAAAGGUGGUUGAACUGAAGGUCACGUGGAUCACCAAGAGCUACUCCCCGAAAGGCUCUGACAGCGUCUAUCCACCUCCCUCCACCAUCGCACAGGAGAAUCUCUGCAGGGUGAGACGUCUGGGCUACUACGACCACACCCAGAGGCAGCUGGGAGAGAGGGCCCUCUACGUCUUUCCCGCUAAGGGGGACGCCACACGCAUCACCUGUGAGGGACCCGAGGGUGCACCUGUCCUGCCUGAAGACCCUGUGGCCAGAAAGCUGAAAAGGAUGUUCAAGAAGGAUUCAGGAAAGAAGACGGAGAACGCCGACACAGAAGCUGAACACAAAUCAGAGCAGACAGACUCGUCUCACCCCAACAACAACGGUCCUGUGGUGUCCAUCCCAAACCCCCCAGACUCCCAAAACACUGACACCUCAGCUGAGCAGGGGGACCAGGACGCCGAUGACGAGGCUGCAGAGGACACUGACGAUACCAGCUCUUUGACGUCGUCUGCGAGCUCCACGGCCUCAUCUCAGAGCGGCGGGCUGGGAACAAACCGAAAGAAGAGCAUCCCUCUCUCCAUUCGCAACCUGAAGAGGAAGCACAAGAAGAAGAGAACCAAGUUCUCCCGGGAGUUCAAGCCUGGAGACCGGGUCGCAGUAGAAGUUGUAUCCACUAAGACCACGGCUGAUGUGAUGUGGAAGGACGGGCGGGUGGAGAAGGGGAUCCGAUCAAACGACCUCAUCCCGAUCCAGCACCUCGACGGCCAUGAGUUUUGUCCCGGGGACUUUGUCGUAGACAAACGAUCCCAAGCCCUCCAGGACCCGGGAGUGUACGGUGUGAUCCAGUCGGGUGAUCACAAGGGCAGAACAUGUGUCGUCAAGUGGAUCAAACUCAACACCACGAGUGACGACGUGGAGGUUAUCGGUGUGGAGGAGGAUGUCAGUGUGUAUGAUAUCGCUGAUCACCCAGAUUUUCACUUCCGCACCACUGACAUCGUCAUCAGAAUAUGGAACUCAGAGAACGGAGAGAACGACUGUGAAAAUGAAACGUCAGUGGGCCAGGUGUCCAGGGUGGAUGUGAGCAGCAAAGUGGAGGUGGUGUGGGCAGACAACUCACUGACCGUCGUCCUGCCACAGCACCUUUACAAUGUGGAAUCUGAGAUCGAGGAGACGGACUACGACUCCGUGGAGGAAACCAGCAGCGUCCUGUCCACUGAGGAGUGGGAGGACGAGAGCGACAGCUGGGAGACGGAUAACGGACUCACCACCGAGGAUGAUAGCCACAUCCACAAUGCCGAUGCGACCCCAACCCCCACGCCCACUGGCUCCACAAACUUCAUCAUCCCCCCACAGGAGGGCAGCAAAGGCGGCGUCACCAGCCCCACUAAAGCCGUCUCUGGAGAGGAGGGAGAAGCGGCUGUGGCUGUGGCCAGUCCGUCUUCUGGAGGAGGAACCACUCCAGCAGGCACUGUCAACGGAGCCGAGAAGCCCAGUAAAGAUGGAGCCUGUCGGGGCUUCAGGGAGUUGAAAGAAGCCAUGAGAAUCCUGGAGAGCCUGAAGAACAUGACUGUGGAGCAGCUGUUGACCACCGGCUCGCCAACGUCUCCGACCUCGGCCGAACCGGCCUCCGCAACUAACGUAGCAAGUACAGUGACACCCACUGCCCCGGAGAAGCCCACCAAGGAGAAACGUUUCCUGGAUGACAUCAAGAAGCUGCAGGAGAACCUGAGAAAGACGCUGGAUAACGUGGCCAUCGUGGAGGAGGAGAAGAUGGAGGCUGUGGUGGAGGCAGGCGGGAGUGGAGGAGCAGGCACAGAGGUGGAGAGAGCUGGAGAGGAGAAGCCCCAACAGGAGCCUCACACACCGGUUGGUGGACAAGACUGGCCCAGCGAGUUUCUCAGUGACACACCAGUACUGUGCCAACAGAGCGGCGGCAAGCCCGGCGUCACAUUCACCAGUGCCAAGGGAGAGGUGUUCUCUGUGCUGGAGUGGGCACCAGACACUCACUCCUUCAAGAAAAUGGAGUUUCAACCGGCCGAGGCCAGGAAGUUCUUCAGCACAGUGAGGAAGGAAAUGGCUCUGCUCGCAACGUCACUACCAGACGGCAUCAUGGUCAAAACAUUUGAAGAUCGCAUGGACCUUUUCUCCUCUCUGAUCAAAGGGCCGACUCGUACGCCCUAUGAGGACGGUCUGUUCCUCUUUGACAUCCAGCUGCCCAACAUCUACCCAGCUGUGCCACCACUGUUUCGCUACCUGUCGCAGUGCAGCGGCCGCCUCAAUCCCAACCUCUACGACAAUGGCAAAGUCUGCGUCAGUCUACUCGGCACCUGGAUCGGCAAGGGCACAGAGAGGUGGACCAGCAAGUCCAGUCUGCUGCAAGUCCUCAUCUCCAUACAAGGCCUUAUCCUGGUGAAUGAGCCUUACUAUAACGAGGCUGGCUUCGACAGUGACCGAGGUCUUCAGGAAGGGUAUGAGAACAGCCGCUGUUACAAUGAGAUGGCCCUGAUCAAGAUGGUCCAGUCUAUGAUGCAACUUCUGCAGCAUCCUGUGGAGGUUUUCAAACAGGAAAUCCAGGAGCACUUUGUCUGUAACGGCUGGCGCCUCGUCCACCGUCUGGAGACGUGGCUCGAGCUGAGCGAAGCCGCUGAGAGGGGCCAUGCAGCACACAUGUCCUACAGGGCUUCACAUUCUAAAGACCGACCGCCAUCAGUGGAGCCUCUUGACGAGCAGCUGCCCCUGGGAUCAGGGCCCCUGGUGGUGGCCCACAGCAGCCCCAGUAAGCCUGGUGAGGAGGGGAUCACAGGAGGAGGAGUUACCAGUAUUAUGGAGGAGGAGCUGGAGGAUUCAGGGCUCAGUCCCUCCACCACAGCAGCCUCUCAGCAAGAGCUGAGCCAGAUCUCAGACUGUGACAGCAGCCAGGGUAACGCCUCUCUGUGUGGUGAAAGCAGGGCCCCCUCCACAGUUCCUGGCCCUGUACGUGGUGGGACAUCAGAAUCAGGUUCUAUCACGGUUAGCGGAGGAGGCGUAGUCUCCACAGUAAGCCAGCCAGUGGUACGACCAAAGAAAAGGAGAAAGAGCUACCGGAGUUUCCUCCCAGAAGGCAGCGGCUACCCGGACAUCGGCUUUCCACUCUUCCCACUCUCUAAGGGGUUUGUGAAGAGCGUCCGAGGUGUGCUGCUGCAGUACCGAGCUGCGAUGGUCGCUGCCGGCAUCCCUGAGCACACAGAGGACAAGUAAGUGCCUCCUCGCUGUUCCCCGACACCUCUGCACUGCUUCCCGCUCUUUUCUUCCUCCAUCUCUUCUAACUUUUCAUCUGCCUCAAGCUGUAGAGGAGGAUCCAUUACUUCUCUGGGGGGAGUUUACAAUUUUCAAUCUCCUGUACUCCUGUCCAGAGCUGCACUGUGCCCCCAGCACUGCCCACAUUUUUGACCUUUACCUCCAUUUCUAAGUCUGUACUGCUCCUGCUGCCCCAACUCCACAAGGUUGAACCUUUUUUUUCCCCAUAAACCCUCUCGAUCGAGCCGCGACUGAAGGAGGGGAGCAUCUUUGAUCAGGAUUUUUGGUUUGGAUGCAACUUGAUGAUAAUGUUUGUUUUCCCUCAGUAUCCCUGCAGAUGAGUGGAAUGGAUAAAGAUGGGUGGAGCUACCCUGUCUCAUAGAAGCCCUCAUCUUUUUAUGGACGCAGGUAAAAACACAGAGCUUUUACUGGAGGCGAUCAAAGUUUCUCUCAGCCUCAGCAGGACUUUGACUUCAGUGGCAGUGGUGUGGAUGCAAAAUGGACUAAAUGAGAUGGAAUAUCAGUGCCAUGAACCCUCUACCACCCCCCUCCUUCACCAAGCCUCUUCCAAGCACCUACCAUAUGGGCGGGGACUUGACGGAUAACCACUCAGCCUGGGAAAUAUUAAGCAGACUGGUGAUCGGCUAGGUUGCACUGAAAAACUGCAAAUCCCAGCUCUCCUGGCUGUUGGGCUCACUGCGGCUCUCUGUAGCACUUCUGAUAUUAUUACUGAACCAUCCUGCACUACAACCAACAAAUGGACAAUUUGGUGUGCAAGAGGUGACGUAUAAAUACACUGACCGAGAGGGUUCCUUUUUUUUUUUAGUAGAAUUCACUGGUUGUACGCUUUCUGCCAAAUUUCUCUAUUCACACAAACACACGUAUUCAAGUAGAACGUACUGAAUGUCAGUAAAACUGCCAACCACAACAGCUUCACCACUUCGUCCACCACACUUGCUGGUACUUUCCUUCGCCAAUCACUCUCGCACAGAACCACGCGGCGAACAUCGAGUGACAAAGUUUACAUACGAAUCCCCUCUGGAGGUCAGACUGCUGCAGCUGUUUGGUGUGUAGAGGAGCCGGUCAGGUGCAGGGCGACAGGGAAGUGGCUGCGUGUGAACGUGUUUGUGCUCUAAUUAAAGCUUACAGGGGAAUCCUGGUAUCUUUCAACCAGAGCCCGAUGUUUAUAAAUGUGGGUGGGUAAAUGAGGGGUACUUGCAAAAACUUUUAGAAUCAGUUCUUUAGAUCGCCAGCUGCCACGUCACAUUGGCACUGGCUAUAAUGUAAUCUCACCUGCGACAUUUCACAAAAUGUUCACUAAUAGCGAUUUUCUUUUUUCCACUAAUAAAGGGAUCUUUGCUAAGAGUGUGGUAACCUUAUACAUGUAAACCGUGAGGCAGCUCAUUGUCCCUCCUCUUCAUUUUGCCUACCCCCCCCAUUCGCUCUUCAAUUAGCAUGAGCUCUCUGUCCAUGUUCUCCGGCUCAAACAAGUAGAGACGACCAUUGGAGACAAAUGCUUCAUGGAGAUUGUGCGCAUCAGAAAAAGAUUCAGUCAUAAUAGUUUCUCUCUGUAAUAUCCAAACUCAUCUCUCCAACUCUCCCCCUUCCUCAAGUUUCCACCUCUGUCUUCCUGUAACAACCCAAGUCUCGCGUGACUUGGAGUGAGACGUCUCAUUGAGUGAGAUGUGUGUAACGUUGCCGGACUCUUAGCAAAGUUAUUGUUAGUGGACAUUCAUUGGAUUGGCGCAUUUACCCCAUAAGGUUCUGUUGUAGCCACUGUUGCACACACACAUUUACACACACACACAUUUAUAAACAUAGAGCCCAGGUUGGAAAAUCCCCAAAUUCCCCUUAAACUCAGCUGCCGCCUCAACAUACAACAGUAACAUUUACUUCCUCUAGAGUUAAGCAAAGCUGUUCACUAAGAUGGAAUCUGUUUUUUGGUGUUUCGAUAUGUUCAAGGUUGUUACACUCACAGAGGCUGGACUGUUUCAAAGUGGAGCUUUACCCAUGAUGCUCCUCUUCUUUGUGACAAAGGUGACGUCACUGCAAAUGAAGCAAUUUAAAGACUAAAUAAAAAAUUCAAAAAAACAUUCAGCGUCCAUUCCGUCAUCUCAUGUCAACAUGUUGCCUUACUUGAAAUGUUCUUAAUGAUCUCAGACCAUUGUGUACAGAGCUGCUUGUGUCGUAGUUUAGGCAUUAACCUACACAGACAGAACCACAUGGUAAAAACCACUAAAACCCUGCUCCAGUGUUUUCCUCCUUUUUAAAAGUGCAGAUCUGUGAUCAGUUUCCCACUUUUAUCAGUUCUUUAACACGAGCGAUCUAUUCUGAUGUUCCUCUUCAGAUUGCACAUGCAGAGUUUAAUGACAUCGUGAUACCCGCCUCAUACAGUGUGAUUCUGAGGGUUUGUUCAUAAUUAACCUGCUUGAUUUUUUGGUUAUUGUUGGAAAACGACAAUUUCAGCGCGAAGGCCAAAUGAGAGCAUUAGGCUUCUGAGUGAGUGGGCACACUGUGCUGAUCUGAAGCUGUGAGUGAUGGGAGAGGAUGAAAGCUAUGAGCCAAGAGUUGCUGCGUUUAACUAAGAAAAAAAAAAAAAGAGGGGUCAAUUGUUUUGCUUUGUCUUCCAUGAAUUGUUUCUCUUUUCCUCUCUGAAUAUUGGUAUUCCUGUAUCAGACGUGGUAAUUGGGCAUCCAUGACAUUUUGUCCUCUUCUUAGAUUUUACCAAACCAUCCCUGUUUCUCCGCUGCCUUUAACGCUACAGAGGGAGAAUGUGCCGCCGUCUUCACUGGCUGCUGUAGCUGUAGCAUGUAGCCUUGUUUGCUUUACUCAAUUUUUUUUCUCCCCAUACACACACACACACGCGCGCUGCUGUUUGUAAAACGUCCCCUUCACAAUUCUCAGAGGAAGGUGUUGUCACUGGUCAGAUCUCGGGUAGAAAGUAAGAGCCGCAUUGACGGUGUUCUGGAAAAAAAACAACACUCUGCUCCUCCAGGAGUGUAGAGGUGACGUAACUGCUCGGUCUUUCACUCGUUCAUUUCAUUCAUCAACUGUCACACAAAGAGAAAAAUGUCAAGCUAUUGCGCGAGAUCUCGAAAAGCAAAAAUCCGACAAGAUAUCAAGCACAUGAUGCUAUGUACAAUUUUCUGUGUGUGUGUAUAUUAUUCAGAAUUAAACUAUUAUUAAUAUCAUUAUUAUUAUUAUUAUUAUUAUUAUUGCGAGAAGUUUGUUUUACAGCCAAAGCAUGUAACAUGUUGCUUUAAGCCUUUUGAAUGGGCUACACACAAGACUUGACUGUACGAUGUCUACAUUUCCACAGUGGCCUGUUCUUGAUAUAUAUAGAAAAAAAGAUUUGUAGCCUGAUUCCCUCUGUACAGACGUCAUGAUUAUAUUGAAAUAUAUAAAUACAUACAGUAUAUAUAUUUAACACAAACUUGAGUUCUAACAAGUCAUGUGGAUGCUUGGGGCAUAUAUGUACAAAAUGCUGAGUGUGUAUUGUACUUAUUAUUUCUUUCAUUUUUUUUAAUGGUUUCAUUUUGUUGAGUUCAAACAACUGUAUAGUGAUGUAUUAAACUUUGCAAGCAGCACCAUA